AUCAUUCAUCUCAUAUCUCAAACCAAUUUCCAACCCUACAAUUCAUCCACUGCUCUACACUCUCCAACCCUACCCCACUACCACCACACAACUUCACAAUGUCCGGUACCGAGCAGACUUUCCACUACACCAAGGAGGACGUCCGUAAGAUGGAGGCUCGCGACUCCGCUGCCCACGGUGGUAACGUCGCCGCCGACUCCAACGCCGCUGCCAUGCAGUCCAUCGUCGACCAGGCCGACAAGAACAAGGCUGAGCUCAUUGAGGAGCGCCGCAGCAACCUCCCCAAGCCCGAGGCCCCUCCCGCCAAGUCCGACUUCAACUCCUCCGACCCCAGCACCGUCAACGUCGGCUCUGGACGUGUUUCUGACACAUUCUCCCACGGCAACGACGCUCUCCGCGAGCCUGCCACUGGUGACAGCGUCGCUAGAAGCGCUGAUGCCACCCUCGGUCAGGGUGUUGGCCGUGAGGGCAAGGACGGUCUUAACGGCCUCCCCAACGAUGCUGUCACCCGUGAGGCCAAGAACAAGUCCUCGCUCGCUGACACCACCAACUAAAGUGGCAUUGACCAUUUCUUGAUGUCAAAAAAGUUAUGUUUCGCAGCUAUCUGAUUUUCCCUGGCGCUGGGCGCUUACAGGGACAUUGGCUUGUAUGAGGGAUGAAACUUUUCUUUCUGUUCUAUUUUACACUAUAACUCCUUGCGAAUGAGCACGCAAGGCGUUCUAUUCGGCAUCUUACGAGAACCUGCCAAAUGAUAACGAAUGAGCAUUCAAGAAUGCUUGGGAAAUGAAAAUGAAUUUAACGUACACUCUUGAAACUUCCACCUUGAUUUCCCAAUUGCUCGUGUGAUAUUUGUGCCCUAUCUCCGAACACCAUCUCGAUGGAAAUUCUCGAUUCAUGACUUCGUACCUGCAGCACGGUCUGUUGCUC